AUGAAAAAAGAAUUCCAAUUGUCAAUUAGACACCCAAACCAAUCAACCAAAGCAAACAUACCCAUUUCAGAUCUCUCUCUCUCUCUCUGUGUAUGUCUUGACCCAUUAGAAGAAUACGAGUACUUUGGUGGAUUAUCUGUGAGCAAAAAACUGAUGGGUGGUUUUAGUGUUGUCCAAAAAGCAGCAGCAGGAAGUGGGAAGAGAGAGAAUGGAGAUGGAAACUCAUAUGUCCAUUCCCAACACAGACGCUCUAAGAGUGCUUCUGACAGGAAUACAACUGUUUCAAGAGGUGGAGUUUUGCAUUCCAUAAAGCAGGAGCAGAAUGAAACAUAUGUGUUACUGCAUUCAGCAUGUGCUUCCAGGGGACAUAAUCGUCUGGAUGACAAUGACAAUUAUAUUAACAAGAAUACUUCAUCAACUCACCGGGCCUCCUUGGAAAAAGAUAUUGAGCAGCUGCAAUUGCAUUUACAGCAAGAGAAAUCUAUGCGCCUAAUGCUUGACAGAGCAAUGGGCCGAGCUUCAAGUACUUUAUCUCCUGGACACAGGCAUUUUGCUGUUCAGACAAAGGAAUUGAUUUCUGAAAUUGAAUUACUUGAAGAAGAGGUUGCAAACCGAGAGCAGCAUGUUCUCUCUCUCUAUAGGAGUGUCUUCGACAAGUGUGUUAGUCAGCCACCUUCAGGGCAAAACUCAGGCAUGACUUCUCCAGCCCAUACAAAGCAAGGGUCCAGGAAACAUCCAAGUAUCAUUUCAAGUGCAUUUUGUUCCUCAAAAAAGUUUCCAUUGCACCCUCUGCAAGCUUUAGUUUCUAUAGAUGACCCAUGGAAAAGAUUCUCCAAGACUAAUCAUACACCACUGCCCAGUAGCAAAGGCAACAACAUUGAUUUUGAAAAGGCUUGUUUCGACCCAGCUAAGGUAAGGGAAAAGGUUCCAGCAAUGGAGAAAACAUCAGUGCUGCAAACUCUAAAAGAUCAUCUCUACCAGUGCCCAAGCAAGUUAUCUGAGGAGAUGGUCAAGUGCAUGGCUGCUAUAUAUUGCUGGCUUCGUAGUGCAGCAUCUGUAAAUACUGAAAAGAACAGAUCACCUUUGAUGUCAAGGUCGUCCACGAAGGUCAUACAGCCUCAAUGUGGUAUUGGAGAGGACCGGCAUUGUUCUUGCAAAUCAAUGAUUGAAAUAUCUUGGAUAUCAACCGAUAAAAGCCAGUUUUCUCGUGCUUCUUAUGUCAUCAACAACUACAGAGUUUUAGUUGAACAACUGGAAAGGGUGAAUGUCAGUCAGAUGGAAAAUAAUGCCCAAACUGCAUUUUGGAUCAAUGUGUACAAUGCUCUUGUAAUGCAUGCAUAUUUAGCAUAUGGAAUCCCCCACAACUCUUUGAGAAGGUUAGCAUUGUUUCACAAGGCUGCAUACAACAUUGGUGGCCAUAUCAUAAGUGCAAAUGCUAUAGAGCAUUCAAUAUUUUGCUUCCGAACACCCCGAAUUGGACGGUGGCUAGAAACCAUCCUUUCCACUGCCUUGAGAAAGAAAUCCGGUGAAGAAAGACAACUCUGUUCGAAAUUGGGUCUUCCAAGUUCCCAACCCCUUGUCUGCUUUGCUCUUUGUACUGGAGCUUUUUCUGAUCCUGUGCUAAAAUUCUACACAGCAUCAAAUGUUAGAGAGGAAUUGGAAGUGGCGAAAAGAGAGUUUCUUCAAGCAAAUGUGGUGGUGAAGAAGUCAAGGAAAGUGUUUCUACCAAAGGUGCUGGAGAGAUAUGCGAGGGAGGCAUCUGUAAGCUCAGAUCAUCUUCUAACAUGGCUCUCUGAAAAUGUUGAUAAGAAGCUACAUGAUUCUAUACAGAAAUGCAGCGACCGUAAAUCCGGCAAGAGGGCAUCUCAGAUCAUAGAGUGGCUGCCUUACAGUUCAAGGUUCCGCUACGUGUUCUCGAAGGAUCUAACAGAGAAGCCAUGGUGGUUGUGAGGGAGGGUCUUCCCAAAUUUAUGCACUGUAAUCUAACCUAAUGUCAAAUAUUGGUUACCCCUCUGCUGAUUUCUAGUCUGAUGAGCUUAACAUUGUAAUUGCAUGUAAGAUAUAGCAUCAACUGUAGCUGUUGCGUGACUCAGUUUGACUUCUUAAUGUAAGAAGACUUUAAUGUAAUAUCAUUUGUUUUUUUGAUUUUUUUUUGUUUU